UCAGUUUAGUUAUACCUAGGUGCAGUGUCAGUUUCUGAACUAAACAUAGUUUAAACGAUGAUGGGGAGGUGCCGGUGUUGAAGUGACCUCCAAAGCCAGAUGGAUUGACAACCCCAAUGAGUGAAUGGGAGCUGGAAUAAAGAUUAAACGAGGAGCCAGGCACGAUGGGCAGAGCUAUGCGUCCGAGCGCUGGCGCUGCAUCUUGUGUGCGCGGCGAUGGGGCACGGUGCGGGCUCCGAACGCGGUGAAAUGGAAACACUGGCCGUGCUGCAGCGUUCAAUCCACCGACUACAUUAGAUCUGCCCCGGAAGUGUUUUUGAAAUGAUUGCAAGAUAUUAUCAUCAGAAGCAUUUUAACCGAGACUCGGACUUUGGAGCUGGUUUCGCUGCAGUGAUCUGACAGAGAGCGGUGUGAGAGUGGGGAAAUGGAUUUGGAUUUAAUGAACAUGUGUGUCCUGGCAGGAGGCACUCUUGCCAUACCCAUUCUAGCUUUUGUAGCUUCCUUUCUACUGUGUCCUGCAGCACUCAUUCGAUUCUACUACUGGUACUGGCGAACAACGUUAGGUAUGCAGAUUAAAAAUGCUGACUGUGGUAACUAUCGAUUCUGCUAUUCCUGCCGUGGGAAACCUGGUAGUAAACCUUCCAUUCUGAUGUUACAUGGAUUUUCAGCUCACAAGGACAUGUGGCUAUCUGUGGUGAAGUUUUUACCUAAGAACCUGCACCUGAUCUGUGUUGAUAUGCCAGGCCAUGAGGGCACAACACGUACUUGUGUAGAUGAUUAUUCCAUAGAGGGACAAGUGAACAGGAUUCACCAGUUUGUUGAAUGCAUUGGGUUGAAUAGGAGACCGUUUCAUCUGGUUGGUACAUCAAUGGGUGGUAAUGUUGCUGGUGUAUAUGCUGCUCGGCACCCAACAGACAUCUGUGGCCUAACUCUCAUCUGUCCUGCAGGUCUGCGAUACCCCAAUGAAAGUAAAUUUGUGAAAGAACUGAAGUCAUUAGAGCAAACAGGAGAUGUUAGCAGAGUUCCCCUAAUUCCGUCUACCCCAGAGGAGAUGGAAGAGAUGCUGAAGCUUUGCUCUUAUGUCCGCUUCAAAGUACCUCAGCAGAUCCUUCAGGGCCUUGUGGAUGUUCGACUGCCUCACAAUGACUUUUAUCGUGAAUUGUUUCUGGAAAUAGUUGGAGAAAACUCAAGACACACUUUGCAAGAAAACAUGAAAUUCAUUAGAGCUCCAACUCAGGUCAUUUGGGGAAAGCAGGACCAGGUACUGGAUGUUUCAGGAGCUGGAGUCCUUGCUGAUAAUAUUCCAGGUUGUAGAGUGGAUCUCUUGGAAAACUGUGGUCAUUCUGUGGUGAUGGAGCGGCCCCGUAAGAGUGCUAAAAUUAUCCUGGAAUUUUCAACUUCCCUACAAAACACAAGACCAGAAAGCAAUAAGAAAUUAGCCUAACAUUUAUAAAUGAAAGCUGUAUUGCUUUGGAUUGAAAAUAAAAUGUGAUGCUAUAAUCAUUUCCCAGGAAGCAAAAUGACUUGAUUGAAUGCUGAUGCCCCAAUUUUGUCUAUUAAGAGUGUUAGUUAAAAACGUUUGGUAGUGCUUUCAAAUUACAUAAACACAAUUUUGAAAGACACAGAAUAUUGCCAGAAACUAAAAGCAUGCAGUGUAUGAAAAGGAACAUAAAUCACAGGAAAAUGCUCUUUGCCAGAUUUCCUACACUAGUAUGAUCUUCAUUUUGGCAGUCUAUGUUUCACCAUUUGAUGCAAGUAGCAAUGCAGUACUUUCCCAUUUUUCAGUUCAGGGUCAGUUUCAUAAAAUUCAUAAAUCAUUAGCAUAAUUUAUUAAAUAUGUAAUUUAUAUUUUAGAAGUUAUUUUUGAUUGCUCAGUUAUUUAAAUCUGUAGAAGGUGAUUACAAAGUUUUUGUGGUUAGUCUUAACUUUUUCAACAAUGAUGUUGUAGGGAAGGUACAGUUGCUAUCAAUACCGUUCAGUAGAUAUUUUAUCGUAGUUUUGAUAGGAAUUUGCAUUUGUGUGGCUAUUUGUUUGUAACAAUGUAUAAUAAAAUUUCUUCUGAACAAUUGCUAAACAUCACUACAGUAAUAAACAUUGUGACCAUAAUUUUGCAUCAUAUCUGCUUUAACAGAUAUGAUAAACUGGGAAAUAAGUAAGAUGUUAUAUAAACUUUGAAACAUUGAUUUGUGGUUUAACACAUUGGUUCAGUUUACUAUUUAAUAAAUAAACCAGCACUGGGCAAAGAGAUUUCAUGAAGUCAGUGAAUCAAACAAUAAAAUGUUCGCAUAGGCUAAGUCUUCAGAAAAAGGAGACGUUCGUAGUAAUUUUGAUCUUACAAGUAAAUGUUUACAUCAAGAAUAUUACUAAGAAGUAAGAUGCUGCUUUAUCCACAAAUCUGCUUUAGUUCAUUGUUUAGAUUUUUCCUCAUCCUCUGUUAUUUGGCUCAACUGAGAUGACCGUAGAUCAUUAAACAAAUAGGCUAAAGCUGUUCUCAGUGUUGGGUAAGGUAUCCUGGUUAUCAUUUCUUUAUUCUAUCAAUGACUUAUGAAUUCUGUGAAUUCUAUUGCUGUUUCAUAACUAUACUUAAAAUAUUUGUGAUGCAUCAAAUUCCCAUGAUAGACAAUCCUAUUUAAGUUGUAGAAAUAAGUUUAAUUGUUCUAGUCAUCAAGUGCAGGAAUCCCAUGAGUAUUGAGAAGUGAACAGUGCAUCAGCUGAGUAUGUCUACAAUUAUUUGGCAAAUUGCACUAACUCUUGGAUUAUGACUGUGAAUAUUGCACCUGCAAAAAGAGGUUAAAAGAACAGUCCUCAUUGUGAUCCACUUCAGCAACUCAUGUUGAAAGGGAUUCAGUUCAUGGUAGUGAACCCUCUGGAAAGGUCAAUAGGUCUGAGGAUGUUCUGGGUCAAAUGGAAAGAUAAUAGUUUACUGGAGACACUGAUAUAUAUGAUUGAGAUUGAAAUGCUUUUGUUCGUGAACAUUUUAAGGUCCAAGUAAACAGUUUUCCAAUGAAAACUAUCUUUCACUGAAAAUUUUGGAAAUAUGUUAAUAUUAGCAUUGUUUUCUAGGAUUGGAUUCAUAAUAUCUUUUCAUCUCUGGAACCAAAGAAUGAAAACAGAACUGUCAGAAAGAAUAGUUUCUUCCUUCCUUUCUGUCACUGUUAAAGGGUCUAACUGUAAUGAAUUAAGGUGGGCUUAGUUUAACUGAUCAGAAAUAAAACUUUGCAAAAGCAUAUUGCUUUCAAAUGUGAUACAAUGAGUGGUUUCACUUACAGUCUAUGAGAAUAUACUUAUGGAAAAGAUUGCAUCCUGUGGGGUCACUACUGUAGCUGAUAUCUCUUUGGGUGAAUUGAGAGAGGUUUGUAUUUUCAAAGUUUGUUUUGUUUAUCCUUAUUUGCUAUGUUGUAUCCCCAAUUAUACAUUGAGUGCAUGUUUCAGUUUUUGUGUUUAUUUAUUGUUUAAUUUUCUUAGCAUAAGUGCAAAAUUUAAUAAAAUGAUUAAUAUCCUUUACUUUCAAAACUUUAUUGGUUGUAAAUAUUAAAAUGAUGUUGGAUAAAUAAAUGAUGAUGGGCUGCACAAGUGAAGAACCUAUCUGUCCUAUAAAGCACUAUUAACUAUCCUGUUUAUUGUAGAUUUGUGAAUAAGGCAAAGGUAUAACUAGAAAAACGAUACAAUAGACUAUCGGAAGAAAGUCAGCUUGCUUACUGGAAUAAUCUUAUGGGGAAAUAAUUGGUUAUUUUUCACAAGGUCAGGAUUCAUGUUUGUGAUUUAUUUGAAAAAAUGAUAUUUGGCCUAAUAAUUCAAUAAAUGUUGCAGUUGCUAGCAAGUAUUUUAGUUUUCCUGUAUUAUUUAAGCACAUGAAUAAAUAUUGCUGUACUUUAGAGUACAAGAAUUUCAUUGUAAAGAGGGAUGAAAAUAAACUUUUUUUAACCUCUUCCAUUUUGAUUACAUCCAGUAAAGAUUAAUGUACAGGCAUAAUCUUAAAUACGCAUGUCGUAGACAAAAAUAAAAAAAUCU